GAGAUGCUGCCAACUGCCGUUCUGCUGGUCUUGGCAGUGUCUGUGGUCGCCAAAGAUAACACCACGUGUGAUGGCCCCUGCGGGUUACGGUUCAGGCAGAACCAGCGAGGCGGCAUGCGCAUCGUCGGGGGGCAGGAGGCCGCGCUCGGGGCCUGGCCCUGGAUGGUCAGCCUCCAGGUCUUCAGCUACCACAACAACCGGCGCUUUCACGCCUGCGGGGGCACCUUGCUGAACGCGCGCUGGCUGCUCAGCGCCGCCCACUGCUUCAGGAACAGACCAAAGGCUACCGACUGGAGGCUGAUUUUCGGAGCGAAGGAAGUUGUGUGGGGAAGCAGUAAGCCCGUGAAGCCGCCUCUGCAGGAGAGGUUCGUGGAGAAGAUCGUCCUCCACGAGAAGUACUCCCCCGGGUCCGAGACGAACGACAUCGCGCUCGUGAAGAUCACCCCUCCCGUUCCGUGCGGGCCCUUCAUUGGGCCGGGCUGCCUGCCCCAGUUUAGCGCGGGCCCACCCAGGAUCCCCCAGACCUGCUGGGUGGCUGGCUGGGGGUUCCUACGGGAGAACGCCCCCAGGACAUCACCUAUACUGCAGGAGGCACGUGUGGACAUCAUCGACCUCGACUUAUGUAACUCGACCAGGUGGUACAACGGGCGCAUUCGUUCAACCAAUGUGUGCGCAGGGUAUCCUGAAGGCAAGAUUGACACCUGCCAGGGGGACAGCGGCGGGCCUCUCAUGUGCAGAGACAGCGUGGAAAGCAGCUAUGUGGUCGUGGGAGUCACAAGCUGGGGGGUAGGCUGCGCCCGCGCUCGGCGCCCUGGGGUCUACACGUCCACCUGGCCCUACCUGGGCUGGAUCGCCUCCAAGAUUGGCUCGAACGCCCUGCACAUGGUGCAGCGGCCCCCCCCGCCCCCUCCCACCACGCCAGCACGCCCAGCCAGACCCUCCUCCAGGCCGCCUUCUACUCUCGCACCUUGGUACGUCCAACACCUUCCUCGACCACCUCUCUCCCAGAGACCCCAGCGACCCGCUGCAGGGAACCGACCCCAACCCGCAGCUCCCCCCCCGCCCCCGCCCCCUGCCCCCCCACAGCCUUCCCCUAAACCUCCCCAAGCCCUUUCUUUCGCCAAGCGACUGCAGCAGCUCAUAGAGGCCUUGAGGGGGAGCACCUUUUUUAACGGAAAGGGCGCUUAUGACGCGGGGACCAUAGACCUUGCAGAACAGCCUGCCUCCUCCUGACCUGACCCCAUUC